CGGGCGCCAGCCCCGAUCCCCUGCGUUGAAGCCACAUCAGCAAUAAGUAGCCAGCAUAGCAUUGGUCACGUGAACGCGCUCGUGGCUUCCGUGGUGGCAAUGGCCCAUUGCCAACGGUCUCGCACUUCCCACACGAGCUUUCCACGUGUUGAAGUUCGGGCCCAUUUUGCUUUUACCCUCCUCCGUGUCGUUGAAGCCGUCGCUUUGGCUCCUCUAUACACUGUACUACCGGUAGUACUCGCAGCAGGCGCUUGUGGUCGUCGUGCCCGAGGCUGGAGCGGUGCACCUCGGGUGCGCGAAUACCGUUGGGAUGCAAGCGCCACGUGCUGCUUGAUACGCAGCGACUCGACAUCGCCGCUGAUUGGCUCGAUAUUUUUAAGAUACCACCCUUGAUUGGCUAAAAAUCGGCGAAGGAAAUAGAAUGUGUGCGACGGGGGUCCUUCUCGCUGCCAGUUCCGAGAUUUCAGCAUGCAGCCCCGCGUCGAAGUCGUGAGCAAGACGAACGUGUCCUUGACGGUGGCCGUGCUGCCUGCAGCCGCCAAGUUCCAGCUGGCGUACAGCGAAUAUGGCUACGUGUACUACUCGUGGACCGAGGUGGAGGCGACGGGGUCGCCAUUGACGAUCAAGGGUCUGCAGCCCAACACGUGCUACGUGUGCAAGGCGCGCCUCUUCAGCGAUGAGACGAAUCAGUGGCUCGAGUAUGGCCCGAUCAGCCAGUACAUGCGCACGUUUACCGAGGAGGAAGAGACAAAGCGGUCGGGCACCUACUACGAACACGCACUCAAGAUGGAGCGCCAACAUCGCACCGAGAUGCAGCAGCAGAUCCAGCGACUGCAAAAGAUGCUCAGCGACCCGUCGAGUCCCCGCGGUAACAAGAAGCGCCAGCCCUCGGCCCAAGAGAACCUCAUGGCAAGCCGUAUGGACAUGGACGUGAACAUUGCCAAGCUGCGGAACGAGCUCUUGGAGCAAGCGGCGACGAUGAAGUCGCUCGAGAAGCAGCGCAAGCUCGACGAGGAGGUCAUUACCGAGCUUUUGAACGAGCAAGAGAAGCUGCGCACGCUGCAGGAGACGGCGCAAUCGUCGGCGUCGGACCAAGCGGAGAUUGCGCGUCUGCAGGCGCUUUUGAGUGCGAACGAAGCCCAGCUACACAACCACCAGAACCAAGCGAUCCAUGGUCAGUCGCAGAUUGAGACGUACGAGCGGUCGCUCGACCAGAAGCGGCAAGAGAUUGCGGUCAAGGAGAUGGAGGUCGAGCGGCUCAUGGACGACUGCCAGCGCGUGAUGCAAGAAGCCGCGGACGUGGCCCACUGCAAGCAGCUCGAGCUUGAAGAAGGCCUUUUGGAAGCCAAGAAUGCGCUCGAGCGCCAAAUGGACAACAAUGCGAUGCUGCACGAAGAAAUCAACCGUCUCCGGACCGAGAACUCGCAGCUGAAGCAGUCGAUCGAGGAGUUUGACUCGAAGAUCGCGCCCAAGCUCGUCCAGCUCGAGGAAGAGAACGAGUAUCUCAAGCGCCGACUGCAGUAGAUGGAGUUCGGUCCCGCGUGGGCGCGUAGCCUUAUCACUAAUAUACCGUCGUCCACGCUUUCGUCACGAA